AUGACCCCAAGGCUUCAGGCUGGGGCACGCCUGCUCCGCAGGAACCUUGUCCUUCUGCCUGUGGUGAUGGUGAUGCUUCUCCUCUGUGUGAGUGCAGGUCCAGCAGUACCCACUGCCAGCUCCCGGACUGCUGCUUUUGCAGGUUUCCCCGCAGACUGCAGCCAUCUCCGCAAGACCAGUCCCAGUGGGGUGUAUGUCAUCCAGCCAGCAAAGUCUCCCCCACGGGUGGUGUGGUGUGACAUGGACACCGAAGGCAAGGGAUGGACUGUUGUCCAGAGAAACUCUCAUGACACUGAGCUCACUUGGAAGCAGUCCUGGACCACCUACAAGUAUGGCUUCGGGAAUGUGCAGGGUGAUCACUGGCUGGGCACCGAGUACCUGCACCUGCUCACACAGCAAGGCACCUACAAGGUCCGCUUCGUUGUGCGGAAUAAAGCCAAUGUUACCCAUUAUGCUGAAUAUGACAUCUUCAGUGUGGAGAGCGAGGCCACUGGAUACCCACUGAGGCUGGGUCGGUUUUCUGGUGAUGGGGAUGACUACCUGACCAGCUACUACCCCAAGAAGGGGGGAAUACACGACAACAUGAAGUUCAGCACAACCGACAGAGAUCAGGACCAGUACAGUGGGAACUGUGCCAGCAGCUACGGGGGCUGGUGGUAUGACAGAUGCCAGAAUGUCCUGCUCAAUGCCAAAAACCACAUCCUCUGGCCAGGAUUCUGCGAUAGUGGUGACUGUGCAUCCUCCCUCAUCCUGGUCAAACCCACAGAUGUGUGUUAUCUGUAUUGAAGGGGCCAGCCUCCCAGGAGGCUGCAGGAGUGCCAGCAGUCCAGUGCCCUCUUCCUGUGCCUGCCAGCAGCUCUGUGCCAGCCCUCAUGCUUGUCCU